AUGGCGCGCACAUCAGGUCGCGGCGCGGCCAAGCCGUUUGCCGCUUGGACUACUAUAUUCUACCUUCUCCUCGUCUUCAUUGCGCCCCUGGCUUUCUUUGGAUCCGCACACGCUCAGGACGAUGAUUCUUCCGUUCAAGAGAACUAUGGAACUGUCAUUGGUAUUGAUCUGGGAACAACCUACUCUUGCGUCGGUGUGAUGCAGAACGGAAAAGUCGAGAUUCUCGUUAACGACCAAGGAAACCGUAUCACUCCUUCCUACGUCGCCUUCACCGAUGAGGAGCGUCUGGUCGGUGACGCCGCGAAGAACCAAUACGCCGCCAAUCCCACGAGGACUAUCUUUGACAUCAAGCGAAUGAUUGGUCGCAGGUACGAUGACAAGGAUGUCCAGCGCGAUAUCAAGAACUUCCCCUUCAAGGUUGUGAACAAGGAUGGCAAGCCUUUUGUCAAGGUUGAUGUCAACCAGAGCCCCAAGAUUCUGAGUCCCGAGGAGGUUUCCGCCAUGGUCCUUGGUAAGAUGAAGGAUAUCGCCGAGGGCUACCUUGGCAAGAAGGUCACACACGCCGUUGUUACUGUCCCCGCCUACUUUAACGACGCCCAGAGACAGGCCACCAAGGACGCUGGCACCAUUGCCGGCUUGAACAUCCUCCGUGUUGUCAACGAACCCACCGCCGCCGCGAUCGCCUAUGGUUUGGACAAGACCGGCACUGAACGCCAGGUUAUCGUCUACGAUCUUGGUGGUGGUACUUUUGAUGUCUCUCUCCUCUCUAUCGACGACGGUGUUUUCGAGGUAUUGGCUACCGCUGGUGACACACACCUUGGUGGCGAAGAUUUCGACCACCGGGUCAUGGACUACUUUGUCAAGCAGUACAACAAAAAGAACAACGUCGAUGUUACCAAGGACCUGAAGGCCAUGGGUAAGCUCAAGCGCGAAGUCGAGAAGGCCAAGCGUACUCUGUCCUCGCAGAUGUCUACCCGCAUUGAAAUUGAAGCUUUCCACAAUGGCGAGGACUUCUCCGAGACUCUGACCCGCGCCAAGUUCGAGGAACUGAACAUGGACCUGUUCAAAAAGACCCUGAAGCCCGUUGAGCAGGUGCUCAAGGACGCCAAGGUCUCCAAGUCUGAGGUCGACGACAUUGUUCUUGUUGGUGGUUCCACUCGUAUCCCCAAGGUUCAGUCUAUUCUUGAGGAGUUCUUCAACGGCAAGAAGGCCAGCAAGGGUAUCAACCCUGACGAGGCUGUCGCUUUCGGUGCCGCUGUUCAGGGUGGUGUUCUUUCUGGCGAGGAGGGUACUGAUGGCGUUGUUCUCAUGGACGUCAACCCUCUUACUCUUGGUAUCGAAACCACUGGUGGUGUCAUGACCAAGCUCAUUCCCCGCAACACUGUUAUCCCCACUCGCAAGUCCCAGAUCUUCUCGACUGCCGCUGAUAACCAGCCCACCGUCCUCAUCCAAGUUUUCGAGGGUGAGCGUUCCCUCACCAAGGACAACAACCUACUUGGCAAGUUCGAGCUUACUGGCAUUCCCCCGGCUCCUCGCGGUGUCCCUCAGAUUGAGGUCUCUUUCGACCUUGAUGCCAAUGGUAUCCUUAAGGUCAGCGCUAGCGACAAGGGCACCGGCAAGGCCGAAUCCAUCACCAUCAACAACGACAAGGGUCGCCUAUCACAGGAGGAAAUCGACCGCAUGGUUGCUGAGGCUGAGCAGUUUGCUGAGGAGGACAAGGCCAUCAAGGCCAAGAUUGAGGCCCGCAACGGGUUGGAGAACUAUGCCUUCAGCCUCAAGAACCAGGUCAACGACGAGAACGGCCUCGGUGGCCAGAUUGAUGAGGAUGACAAGCAGACCAUCUUGGAUGCUGUCAAGGAAGUUUCCGACUGGCUCGAGGAGAACGGUGCCUCCGCCACCACCGAGGACUUCGAGGAGCAGAAGGAGCAGCUCUCUAACGUGGCGUACCCCAUCACCAGCAAGCUUUAUGGCUCUGCUCCUCCCACGGAGGAUGACGAAGAUGACUACGGUCACGAUGAAUUGUAA